AACCCGACCUCAGAAUUUUUCGAGGACCUAGAGAGAAAAAGAGAGAGCGCGAAAUGGCGGGAAAGGAGGAACCGAACUCCGGCGAAGAGGUCUGCUGGAGAAAGCAAGUCGGCGAUAACGUAAACCGCCUUCAGUCCCUUCUCUUCGGAGCCGAACUCGCCGCCGAGAGAAAUGACUUCUCCUCCGCUCAGAUAUUCUCUCUUCGUCUCCUCGGCUUUCUCGACUCACAGUCUCACUCUCAGCUCGACGGCGCUUUCGUCGGCCCUAUUCGCCGCGAAGUCGUCUCCAAGCUCGGAGAGGCCCGCCUUGCCCUCACUUCUGAUUCCGAUCGCAAAGCUUUCGAGCAAGCGAAAAAAGAUCCUGGUUUUGUUUUCAGCACAAAGGGAGAUAUUGACAUUGGGAGGAUUAAACAGUCAAAGUACUUUCAGGCUCUUCUUCAGCAGCCUAACAAUGGAAAGGUUGUGAAUGAUUUGGGAGAUCAACUGGAGAGGCGGGACAAAUUGGCUAGCAAGUUAUCAAAAGCUAUGACACAAACUAAGUUGGCAUCAUUGUACAAAAACAACAUUGGGACGGCAAGUAAGGACACAUCCCGUAGUUCUUGGGCUCCUAAAAGUAACAGCUCUGAGGACUGCACUAUUGUGGAAAAGCGUCACUCUCAUCACAACCGUAACAGCAGUCAUACUACCUCAUCUUUUCAAAAAGUUGAAGAGGAAGAAAGAGCUCAUGGGUAUCCCUUAGGCCCUAAACGUGUACACAGGGAAUUUAAUAGCCCCAUUAUUGAUAAUAUGAAGUCCCCAUCAGCCAAUGAAGAUGCUAAUGCCGAUGUUUCUGGCAAUGGAUUUGUAACUGCCAAAGCCAAAUUGGAAAUGGAUGUGAGGCAAAGGCGAGGGUUAGCUGCAUCAUCAAAUACUUCUGUCUCUCCUCAAAGUGAUAACAGUGUUGCUAAUAGGGGUUUUAGCACGAGAUCAUAUGGUGUUUCACGUCGAGGUGUCCGCGGUAAUUUUAUUCCUCCUGUCAGAUCUAAUGGGGGCAAUGUUGGGAAUAUGACUUCAAAAAUUGGUGGAAAGUCGGAUGAUGCAUUAGAUGACUCAACUAGGAGCUGUAUGGAAAUGCUCAGCGGUCCUGAUGGGGAGCUCCCAGAAAAAUUAAGGAACUUGGAACCUCGUCUUAUUGAACAUGUCAGUAAUGAGAUUAUGGACAAGGAUCCAAAUGUUCGAUGGAAUGAUAUUGCUGGCUUGGAUCAUGCUAAAAAGUGUGUGACGGAGAUGGUUAUAUGGCCCCUGUUACGUCCCGACAUUUUCAAAGGAUGUCGUUCUCCUGGAAAGGGUCUUCUUCUCUUCGGUCCACCAGGAACAGGCAAAACAAUGAUUGGGAAAGCCAUAGCUGGAGAGGCAAAAGCAACGUUCUUCUACAUCUCUGCCAGUUCAUUGACGAGCAAAUGGAUUGGUGAGGGUGAAAAGUUAGUUCGGGCCCUUUUUGGAGUAGCCAGUUGUCGGCAGCCAGCUGUAAUUUUUGUUGACGAAAUCGACUCACUUCUCUCACAGCGUAAGUCAGAAGGUGAACAUGAAUCAAGUAGGCGACUCAAAACACAGUUUCUUAUUGAAAUGGAAGGCUUUGACAGUGGCAGUGAGCAAAUUCUUCUAAUAGGGGCAACAAAUCGACCCCAAGAGCUUGAUGAAGCAGCACGUAGGCGACUUACUAAGAGACUUUACAUUCCGUUGCCUGCAUCAGAAGCGAGAGCCUGGAUAGUGGAGAAUCUCCUGGAGAAGGAUGGUCUAUUCAAACUUUCAAGGGAAGAUAUUGAUAACAUAUGCAAAUUAACAGAAGGGUACUCAGGAUCAGACAUGAAAAACUUAGUGAAGGAUGCCUCUAUGGGUCCUCUAAGAGAAGCUCUGAGACAAGGCAUAGAAAUAACAAAUCUUAAGAAGGAGGAUAUGCGCCCGGUAACUUUUCAGGAUUUUGAGAGUGCAUUACAUGAGGUGAGGCCCUCUGUUUCCUUGAAUGAGCUUGGUACCUAUGAUGAUUGGAACAAGCAAUUUGGAAGUUUGUCCCUUUAGGAAUCAAUCCGUUUUGUAUAUUGGUGAAACAAAACAGGCAUAAUAUGGACAAUAAUAGCAGUCUUUGUUUUUUCUUUCACCAAAAACAAAAAAUAGGCUAAUAUAUAGCACUCUCUUAAUAGAAA